CCAGAGGCUGGUAAACGACGAGUAUAAUAAAAUCGUAAACCUCGUUUGACCAAUUCACCCACCGGUUGUCGUUCGGUUAACACAGUGCUGCAGGAUACCUAGACAUAUAUCGGACCGAUAUCGUUAGACGUACUACCACCACGACCAGCGUGACGAAAAUCGCGGUAUUUUCGCGUAUUUUGAACUAUUCUUACUCCUUUUUUUUUUUCGAGUGUAUUUGUUCAUCUGUUUUUUUUUCUCUACCUACCAAGUGAUGAUUAAAUUAUACAGAAAAGUACAAGUUUGACAUUUUUUUUCUCUUCUUCGACGAUCGUCAAACAGCAGCAGUAUCUACCCACUAUUGAAUCCGUCGGCAUUCUAAGUAAGAUACCUACCUAUAAGCAAUAUAAGCAUUACUUAUUAUAUGAAUAAUAGGUAUACAUUAUUUAUUUAAAUCCAAGAAAGCUUUAUUGAAAGCAAUACAAUAUCGAUUAUUUCUAUAAUAAUAUUAUAAAUAUAGAUAAUUAAAACUUAACUACUUAGAAUACACCUACCAAACACCGAAAAUUCACUGUUUGACAAUAAUAGUAAGUACCGACAAAAUGUUGAUUUUUAAAACAUCGAAAAUUGUCCAUAAUUAAUAUGAAUUUUUUCGAUUUUAAUCAUAAUAUUAUAUAAUACAUAAGACUUUUUUUUAUAGAAAAAAACGAUUGUAAACAAAUAUAGUAUAUAGAUUAUAACAAAAUCGUAAGGUUAGGUUAGGUUACUAAAAAAAUGAUUAUUAAUACAUUUUAAUUAAAAAAGGACUUUUCGAUAGGUAAUUAUUAUCGUUUAAAAUUUGGUUUAGAUGCAUAAUAUAUGAUCAAAUAUUAUGUUAAAUUUAUAGAGCGAAUUAUCUAAAUUUAAUUUUUAUUAUUAAAUUUAUGUAAUAUAGACAUAAUAUUAUACUCGUAUGUAUUGACUUUGCUGGUGACAGUCUAAAAAUUAUUAUUCAAUAAACAUGUCUGCAAAUUCUAACACUCGCCGGUAUAUUAAAUAUAGUAAUAGAUAAAUAUAUAAAUGUAUAUGAUCAUAAUAUAUUCUCUUAUUACCUAUUAUGAACGCGAUUAAGCCAUUGAAGUUUAAUAAUAGUUUUCGUAUUUGAUGUUUUAAAUCGCAUACCACUGAGUGAUUCAUCACGACAUGCAGUAUAAUGAUAUUAUUAGGUAGGCAUUAAAAAUUUAUUCCGGAUGCAGUUCCCGGAUAAGACCAGGUGACUAAUUGAGGACAAGAGAAAAUACACCAUUUCAAACAGUUAAAUCAUUUACAAUAUAAAAUUAUUAAGUAUAUACAACUUUCUAUAGGCAAUAAAAAUAUAAAACAUAGUUUUACUUUUUUAAAUAUAGGCAUUCGAAAACCGGUAUACGCACACGAAAUUAUCUUUUCGAUGUUGUAGCGGAGUCACACAAUAAUAUGAUUUCCCUUUUCUAAAGACGAAACCUAUACGAGGCCUAGCUAGUUCUCCGUACGGGUCAAUGCAUUUUAUUGAAGUUAGAAGGUAAAAUUCGAAUGUUUGCGAACAUUCAAUGCGCCGCGCCUUCUGUUUGUAGAUUAAUAAGUACUUUCCACACACGUAUUCAUUGCCAUGGGCGACUAUAAGGUAAUUUCCAGGGAAAGGUCAAACCAGAACCAGAUUUUCAAACACGCUUCUAAUAUACAAAUAGAUAUUAAAUAGAAAACAGAAAACAUAACCUGUAAAAAAUGUUAUGGAAUUAUAAUAGGACCAUUACGAGGUGGUAAAUAAAUAAUAAUCCUGUGCAUCAAUGCUCAAAAACAACAAUUUUUUGUGGAUUUUAAUAUUUUUCAAGGGAAAGAGCCUUCUUUCUAUACCCUCCCCUAUACUUAAUGGAUAUUCAUUUGUAUCGCUCAAAUGAUCUAUUUUCUAGGUUUAGACGACAUAUUUUGAACCACGAUCUGAUAAUUUUCAAAACAAAGUUGUAGUUGGGAAAUUGGGAAAGUAGGAUACAUAGUUAUUUAAUUUUUAUCCGUACUCGACGAAAAAUCAUUGUAAUGAAAUACGAUUCUGAGCGAAUUUCGUUUAACAAGUUUUGAAAUACUGUGGUUUUUACGAUUUUCGUCAAUAAUUUUAAUCUUAAAAAAAGGUAAUAAAAAAUUACUAGUAUAGUAAUUUAUUAUAUUAGUUCAGCAUAAUCUCAAUCUUUAUUUUACCACUGAUGACAACUUAUAAAAGAACUUGCGUAAAAUUUUCAAGCGUUUCUACUUGGCCAAUACAAUUGUAUCCACACAAAACCACAUAAAACUAAAAAACUUAAAAAUUUCAAAAGCCUAUAUAGCUUAAAAAUAGCCAGACGUUUUUUAAGAAAAUAUUAAUAUAAAUAUUCUGUGAGAAUUUCAGGUCUCUGCGACUAUUUCUAACUGAAUUACAACAAAAAAAUAAAAUCAAAAAUAAUAAAACCGUAUUUCUUUGAGAUUUUCUACAUUUUCCAGAUUAGAAAGAAAACUGCAAAGAAAAUAAAAACGAUCUUAUAAUUAGCACCGACUAGAUAAAAUUUUCUUUCAAAAAGAGAUGCUGCGUCUGAAAAUUGAAGCGAUAUUUCUGGUAAAAAUGUCGUUUACAGACAAAAAAACACACACACACACAUCAUAGUAAAACCAAUACGUUCCUCGUUGCGUUCAGAAUCUAACACUGUCCUAUUCACCCGAUCUACAACCGCCCGAAUUACGAUGUUGCAUGUGAAUAGUUUAUACCAUUAACAGAUAGAGAGAGAUAGAGAAAGAGACAUUUCGAUAAGUAUCAAAACCCAUUGCCAGCUAUUAGUCGUAACCAACCUGCAAUUAAUCGAUUAAACCCACGGGAUGUAGUUUUAUAGUCGCUAUCUGCGCGUAUUUGUUGUAAACGCUGAUAAUCACUCGUAAUGACUUUUGCAUUUAAUGUUGGUCCAUUCGUUCGGGAUAUAAAGCACACUUGUUCGCAAGUCCUUAUUUGACUUCAAAAAAUUGCACGCUCUUCAGAUAAUAAUAUUAUGUUAUCCAAGUGGUGUGUAUUAAAAAAAAAAAGUCUUUGUAUGAAUAACUUUGUGUAGGUAUUCAGUUCUUACCUAUAUUUAUUUUAUUGAAAGAGGCGUGCACUUUUUCCUUUAAUCAUUUUUGUUUUACAGAUUUCUUUUAUUUGGUUUUGUAUGAAUGAAUUUGUUUGGCCAAACAGAAAUGCUUGAAAAAUUUAACACGACGUUCAUUAUAAAUUAUACUGAGUGGUAAAACAAAAGUUGAUCAUAAUGUAGUUGUUGUUUUUUGUAAACGUUUUAAGUUAAAAUGUUGACAAAAAUAGUAAAAAUUACGAUGAUUUAAAACAUAUAAUAUAUCGAUUUUUAUACAGAAUCGUUUUUCGUUAGCAAAUAAAAUGUACAACUGUGUGUUUCUGCACAGUGCACACCCAUCAGCAGUCUUAACUCUUUUCUUUUUUUUUUGUUUUGAAUCCAUCGCAUAUUAUUUCCUUCCAUAUAUAUAAAUAUAUAUAUGUAUAAUAUAAUAUUGUAUAUUCUUUGACGGCGUGUAAGUUAUACAAGUGUUAUGAGUAAAGUUUGUUCAUUCCAUUGAAGUAUGAACACAACUACACCACACCGUCACUUUGAAGUUGUAUUAUUAAUAAAUGCCAAUGUACAUUAUCGUCAACAAUAUUAGCAUUGUAAAAACGUCAUAUUAUUAAAACGCAGACAUGCGUAUCAGUGUGACAUAUACGAUUGACUAAAUUUUGGUCACGAUGACAUUGAUUAAUUAAAAGUAUACCUGUAGGUGUAAAUUUAUCAUUACUCGUCGACAAAACCGAUUAAAUAUCGUCAACAAAAAAGAACAAUAAUUAUAAUUACGCACCUCGUUAGAAACCGCAUUUAAAGUUAUCGUAUUUAUCAACAAAAUAUAUUAAGAGUAACAUUUGCCCAUUUAUCCAACGGAUAAUAUAGUAAAAAUGUGGUUUUGUGCUUUUAUUAGUACCUAUUUAGGAUUUAAUAGACCUAAAACAAAAAUUGAUUUCACCAAAUUAAAAAUGAAAAUAUUUACUAUGUUUCAAAGAAUGAUUCUUUGAUAUAUUAACUGUACAAUAUUUCAUUUGUUUUUCCAGUUUAAAGUGCGAAUUUAUAAUUUGAAUAUUGUUUUAAAAAAUAAUAAUAAAACAAAGAAAUGAUGAUCCAUCUGACGCCCAUUAUCAGUUAGAUACUUAUAUGUUGAGCUUUGUUUUAAAAUUAAAAUAAUAGGUAUGUGUUAAAAUAUUUUCUUGAUUUUUAUACUAGUACAAUUAUUCACUAUAAGCAGUCUACAAAAUGUGCAAGUGUGAGACGUUAAAAAAAAAAUUGCUUGUUUUCAAAAUGUUUUAUAGAAUUCAAAUAAAAUGUUCCCUAUAUUUAUAAAAAAACUUUUUUCUAUACCUACAUACUGUUUUCUUUUCAUUUUAAACUAAUUUUUAAAGUUAAACUCUAAAAUCCACGACAAUAAGAAUUCCUUAUAUAUUAUUUUAUAGUAAAAGCUCUAAAUAAUAAUUAUGAAACAUAUAAAAGCUAUCCUGAAGUCCUAAAAAACAAAACAUUAUGGUGUAACGUCUGGUUUAAUAGGUUUUUUUUUAUUUUUUAUUCUGUUUCCUCUAUAUUAAUAAUGUAUAUAAAUGAUACAAAGUAAUCUGUUUAAAAAAACAAUCCUUAUUAUAGGUAGGUGUAUAUUAUAUAUUAAAUUUGGUAGAAAGGUAAAUUUAACUUUGUGACGAAGGUAGGAUAUUAUGUACAAAUCACAAACAAUAAUUUCGAUAACCUUUACUUGAAUUUGUUAGUUUUUCGAUAAAUAUUAAUGAAACUUGGUAUGUACACUAUACACGCAAUACAUUAAAUAUUUAAGCGAGUAAGAGAAAUCUAAAACGACUUUCUACUUUUUAAUCAUACAAUGAUUCGCUUUUAACAAUUCUAUUGCACCCAAACUCGGUAUUCGAGCCGAUAUUAUUUUUCCCUACACAAGACGUGAAUAGUGUUUUUAUUUAAAUGCACUUACUUAUUUUAUUAUUUUUACAGCCAACGUAUUCAAUUUCGUCAAACAUAAAAAUGGCUUUCACUAAGCCGGAAUUAAAAUCAAAUAUUCAAGAGUUUUUCAAAAACAAAACCAUUUUCAUUACCGGAGGAACUGGGUUUCUUGGUAAGCUAAUCGUUAACAAAUUGAUUAGAUCAUGUCCGCAGAUCAAACGUAUUUACCUACUGGUGAGAGACAAAAAAGGAAAAAGCGCGCAUGAAAGACUAGAAGACAUAUUUAAUUUACCGGUACGUAAAAUAAUUGCAUUUCGUUUAUUUUAGAAAUAAUGUUUAAGCAAGUGUUUUUUUUUCUUUUACAUAAACUAGAUUUUUCAAGACAUUGAACCAUCAAAGCUACAAAGAAUUAUCGCACUUAGCGGUGACUGCAGCCAAGCGCAAUUAGGACUAUCUGAAAACGACCUGAACACGUUAGUCAAAGAAGUGAAUGUAAUUUUUCAUAGUGCAGCCACAGUUAGAUUCGAUGAACGCCUUGACAUUGCCAUUGGAAUAAACGUAAUUGGCGCCAGAGAAAUUGUAAAACUAGCCCACAAAAUGGAAAAUCUCGUGGUAUUAAAUUGUUAAUAUUUUUUUUUAAGCCUAGAUUAUCGCAUUUAGCAUUUACAAUAUACACAUGUAUAUUAUACAUUUAUAUACAGGCUGUCUCGUGAAUAUACUCCUUGAAUAUCUCCGAAGAUAAUAAAGAUAAUUAAAAUCUGUUUUUUUUUUUAUAUAUAUUAUUCACAGGGAUGAAGACUAUAAAAUACAAAUAUUUAAAUUUCAAUUCAAUAUUUUUUUUUAGUAAACAAAUUUAAAAAAAUAACUUUCGUUUUACGAUUUUCAGACAAUUUUAAGAUAGCCAUUAUGUACUUUAUUUUUCUGAAAAUUGUAAUGUAUCACACAUUUAUAUCCAAUGAAUAGUUUCUAAGAAACAAUUUAAUACGGCUAUUACUCAGAAACUAUUCAUCGGACAUAAAUGUCUAGAAAUUCGUUUGAUAAUACCGUUAUAUUCCAAUAAUUAUACCAGUGUCUUUUAUUUUAUAUCAGUAUAUCAAGAUAUUCGAUGACUUGAAGUUGAUACAAAAUAUCAUUAUCACCUCUAUCAUCCAUACUUAUUUGUUAUCACACUGUACAUAUACCUUUAAAUUUCGAUAUAGUAAUCAACUGAAUCUUCUAUCUUUAUUCGUUGUAAUUCAAAAAUGUCAAUGUGAAGAAAAAUAAUGAAGAAAAUAAUUCAAUCAUACAUUUUAUGGUAGGUUAUUUUGUGAUAAUUUGAUAAGAAUAUGAAACAGAGGAAUGAUCGCGAUGGGAACAUUAGGAAAGAAAGGGAUUCUACCUGUAUAAAAUAUUUGAACUAUAUCGCGAAGCGGGUCAGAAAAACUAAACCGGUAUAACAAAAUUGUUGAACCGGUAUCACUAACGAAUUUCUUUAUUUUAUACCGGUAUUAUUUUUAAGGGGAAAUUAAUAACGGUAUAACCAAACGAAUUUCUAGUAGGUGAUACAUUAAAAUUGUCAGUAAAAUAAACGAUACAGAAUGGCUAUCUUAAAAUUUUCUAAAAAUAAUAAAAUAACGUUAUUUUUCAAUUUAAUUCAAAUAUAAUAUUUGUAAUCCUCAUCCCUGAGAGUAAUAUAAAAAAAAAAAAACAGAAUUUGAUUAUCUUAAUAAUCUCCGGAGAUAUUUAAGGUAUAUAUCUUUAUGGGACAGCCUGUUUAUACAUAUUACACAGGCAUAGAAUAAUUUUAAUCAAUCUUUAGAUUUUAAAUUAACAUAACAUAUCCAUUUUUAUUAUUAGUCGUACUUACAUGUUUCAACGGCUUUUUCCAAUUGCCACAUUAAACACAUAGAAGAGAAAUUUUAUAACUUACCGUACAGCUAUGAAAAACUUAUUCAUCUUUACAAAACGAAGAGUUGGAAUAUACUUGAAAAAAUGAAACCUUUGUAAGUACCUACCUUUACGUUUUAUAAUCAAGUAAGUAUCUCUCCUUAAAGCGAUGUAUCUUAUACCUUGUCCUUUAUUUAUUUUAAACAUUCUUUGUCUCGUAAUGGCAGUUGAUAUAAUUUCAUUUUUUUACUAAAGUAUAAAAUAUAAUCUAAAUGAAUAAUGAGUAUUUUGUCUUGGCAAUAUACCUAUUAACAUGUUUUUAUUGUAUUUCUCGAAUACAAAAUGACAAAACCCUAUACAAUAAUAUUAUUAUUAUUGGAAUUCAGCCUUUUAGGUCCCAUGCCAAACACUUACGUAAUGACGAAAGCAGCUGCUGAACAAUUGGUCAAGCACGAAGCCAAGGGCUUGCCUAUCACAAUAUUCCGUCCGGCAAUUGGUAGGUACCAAACUUUGAAAAUUACUCAAGAAAACGGAUUUGAUUCAAAAUCUAUUUAAAUGCAAAAAUAAACGAUGUUAUAUUAUACAAAUUUAAUUUUCAUUUUCAUUUUGUCCAUAAUAUAACGAUUAUAAUUAUUAAUUUAUAGUAAUAGCGACGGCCAACGAACCUUUGCCUGGUUGGAUUGACAAUUUGUAUGGGCCAACGGGCAUCGUGACUGGCGUGAUGACAGGGAUAAUAAAAGCACUGCCAUGUGAACUGAACGCUGUCACGGAUUUAAUUCCAGCCGAUUUGACUGUAAACGCAUUAAUAGCCGCAUCGUGGGACACAAACGUCAGGUAUUAUAUAUAUAACUGGAAAACAGUUUAUAGAUAUUUUUUCAUCAAACUUAUCGUGUUUUUCUUUUUUUCUUUGAUACUUUCCAGACACAUAGCCGAUUGUAAAUUGAUUAGCAAAUAUAAAGACGACCCGUGCGUCUAUAAUUUCAUAUCGUCGUCCGAAAACCCCCUUACUUGGAAAAUAUUUUCGGAAAUUCUAAUGAGCUGUAUCAUGAAACGACCAACAAUCAAAGCCAUGUGGUAUCCGACGUUGAUAAUGAAUUCGUCAAUUUUUUUACACAAAUUCACCGUACUGAUAUUGCACUAUCUACCAGCGUUCCUAUUAGAUUUAGUGUUUAUUGUUUCGGGAAAAAAACUAAGGUUCGUAAUAAUUUAUAAUCGCAAUGACAAUAUCUGCAUUUUUUUUUUCUUAUCAUGAAAAUUAAUUUUAAAUACCAUUUAUAUUUAUAUGUAAAAUAUUGUUCAGGUUGGUCGAUCAAUACAAAAAAAUCGAACGAUUUACCGAUAUAUUAGAAUUUUUCUCUACCCAAGAAUGGAAGUUUUCUAAUGAAAACGUACAGCAUUUAUGGGGAACGAUGGGCAAAGGCGAUCAAGUAUUAUUUCCGUUCGAUAUUAAACAAAUGAAUUGGGUAGACUACUUAGAUACGUACCACAAAGGGAUAAUGACAUUUUUACUCAAAGAAGGAACGGAAACAUUGCCGGCGGCUAAGAAACGACAUAGAAAGUAUGUUAUGUUAUAAUAUUAUUAAACUGCAGUAAUAAUCGUCUACUGUGUGUCUGCAUAGAUAGGUGUAGCUAUAAAUUAUAAUAUGCAUCGAUUGCUUAAAUUCACCCUUUAACAAUACUACAAUUCAUUAUCUUCGGUAUGCAUAUCAAAUUUAAAGUCUUGUUAAGUUUUGCGAUUCGUCAAAAUACAUUAUUAAACUAUUUAAAUUAGUUUAAUUUUACUGAUUUCGUGAUUUUUGAAUUUUUGUCAUACUGAAAACAUAUGGAUGUAAUAUAGUUAUACGUGAAUACAGAACUAAUACGCACAUUUUUAUUCGAUAAACUAUUUAAAUUUAUACUUAUGAAUCUAUAAAUCCAUGUAAAUAAUAUCCUAUAAUAAUUAUCCCAUAAUAAUAUAUUGUGUAUCUAUAAUAAAUGUAUAAUUUAUUCAAGUAUUUAUUUAUUUUGCAUAUUAAUAAAUAUUACUAUUAUAAUUGAUAAAGUGUUAUGUAUAAUAAUAUGAAAAAACAAUAUGCCUACCUAAUACUAAUAAUUGUGUUCGUCUUUUAUAGGCUGUUUAUCUGUCAUAUGAUUUUCAAAGGUGCCGUUUAUGUAGGACUCAUAAUGCUGAUCUGGAUGAUUAUAAAGCGAAUUUUUUUGGCAUGGUAAUUUGUUAUGUAGGUUGUAAUGGUAGUAUGCAGGUACUACUUACAAGCUCGUAUACAGUUCCAAUGACAUUACACUUAAUAUCUAUAUGAUAUACCUGUAUAGUACAAGAAUCCUUAAAUUAUUUAUACCUAUUAUCCUUCAAAACGAAUCAAACACACCAAAACCACGCCAUUAUUUUAUUUUGUAUACUUACCUAUCUUAUUAUUUAAUAUAUGUACACAAAUAUGUUUUUAUAUUGUAAAGUUAUUAUUUAUAGACAUUGACAAUUUUCUUUUGGGGAGUUCCUGAAUAAAUACUCGAUUAAUUUAACGUUUAUAAUAUCCA